GCAGCUAACGGAUGUAGCAUGGGGCGGGGGGCCAGUCUCGAGGCAGGCCGCCGGGAGGGGGAUUCCCUCUGGCCCCAAAGGCGAGCCUGCCAUCGGGGGAAGGGGCCGCGGGGAUUCCCUCUCCUUGCCGGCUCGACUAUUCGCGCCCCGAACCGCUGAGGGGCAGCCGCUCGCUCGCGCCCUCCAGGCCGCUGGAGGUGAGGGAGGUGGGGUGAGGUGGUGCCCGCCCCCCCUUCGGCUCCUCCUUCCCCAAGUCCUCCCCUCCCAGCCGGUCCGUCCCUCCCCUCCCUCCUUCCCUCCCUCCCCCCGCCGCCUCCUCCUGCCGCUGCCGCUGCUUUGGCUGCUGCGUCAUACGCCCCAGAGCCGCCGGGACGGAGGGGCUGGGCCUGGGGACCCCCCGGCCUCCGCCUGCACGCCCCCGGGCGCCCGGACGUGCCCUCCCCGCGCGGGGGGCUCACCUGGGUCUCAGACGUCUGCCCCUGCCUGGCUCCCGGCGGCCCCAGCUGUCACCGGCCCCCCCAGGAUGCGAUGGCGCAGCCCCCCCGGCUGAGCCGCUCUAGUGCUCCCUCACUUUGGGACCCGGCGUCCCCUGCCCCCACCUCAGGCCCCAGGCCUCGGCUGUGGGAGGGUCAAGAUGUGCUGGCCAGAUGGACUGAUGGGCUGCUAUACCUGGGCACCAUCAAGAAGGUGGACAGUGCUCGGGAAGUGUGUCUGGUCCAGUUUGAGGAUGAUUCCCAGUUUCUGGUUCUGUGGAAAGACAUUAGCCCUGCCGCCCUCCCUGGGGAGGAACUCCUCUGUUGUGUCUGUCGAUCUGAGACCGUGGUCCCUGGGAACCGCCUGGUCAGCUGUGAGAAGUGUCGCCACGCACAGGGAGAGGCAGCCAUGGAAUGAAGGUGGUAUAAGUUUAGCAAGCAGAGGUGAUUCAAAGACAUCUCUCUCUAACCAUGUGACUUCAGCUUAUCACCAGGACUGCCACGUUCCCCGGGCCCCAGCCCCUGGAGAAGGAGAGGGCACAUCCUGGGUCUGCCGCCAGUGCAUCUUUGCGAUCGCCACCAAGAGGGGAGGGGCACUGAAGAAGGGCCCCUAUGCCAGGGCCAUGCUGGGUAUGAAGCUGUCUCUGCCGUACGGACUGAAGGGGCUGGACUGGGACGCCGGACAUCUGAGCAACCGACAGCAGAGCUACUGCUACUGUGGCGGCCCUGGGGAGUGGAACCUGAAAAUGCUGCAGUGCCGGAGCUGCCUGCAGUGGUUCCAUGAGGCCUGCACCCAGUGUCUGAGCAAGCCCCUCCUCUACGGGGACAGGUUCUAUGAAUUUGAAUGCUGUGUGUGUCGGGGAGGCCCUGAGAAAGUCCGACGGCUACAGCUUCGCUGGGUGGACGUGGCCCAUCUUGUCCUCUAUCACCUUAGCGUCUGCUGUAAGAAGAAAUACUUUGAUUUUGACCGCGAGAUCCUCCCCUUCACCUCUGAGAACUGGGACAGUUUGCUUCUGGGGGAGCUUUCAGACACUCCCAAGGGAGAACGUUCUUCUAAGCUGCUCUCUGCUCUUAACAGCCACAAAGACCGUUUCAUUUCAGGGCGGGAGAUUAAGAAGAGGAAAUGCUUAUUUGGUCUCCAUGCUCGGACCCCUCCUCCUGUGGAGCCCCCUACUGGAGAUGGAGCCCCCACCAGCUUCCCUUCAGGGCAGGGCCCUGGGGGAGGGGUCUCACGUCCCCUGGGGAAGCGCCGGAGGCCGGAGCCAGAGCCCCUGAGGAGGAGGCAGAAGGGGAAAGUGGAGGAGCUGGGGCCACCCUCAGCAGUGCGCAAUCAGCCCGAGUCCCGGGAGCAGAGGGAGCGGGCUCGUCUGCAGAGGGCACUGCAGGCCUCAGUGUCUCCACCAUCCCCCAGCCCUAACCAGAGCUACCAGGGCAGCAGCGGCUACAACUUCCGGCCCACAGAUGCCCGCUGCCUGCCCAGCAGCCCCAUCCGGAUGUUCGCCUCCUUCCACCCUUCUGCCAGCACCGCAGGGACCUCUGGGGAUGGUGAACCCCCAGACAGGUCACCCCUGGAACUUCACAUUGGCUUCCCCACAGACAUCCCUAAAAGUGCCCCCCACUCGAUGACUGCCUCAUCUUCCUCCACCCCAGCCCCCUCCCCAGGGCUUCCUAGACGCUCAGCACCUCCUUCUCCCCUGUGCCGUAGCUUGUCUCCUGGGACUGGGGGAGGAGUGCGGGGUGGGGUUGGCUACCUGUCCCGAGGGGACCCUGUCCGGGUCCUUGCUCGGAGAGUACGGCCUGAUGGCUCUGUGCAGUACCUGGUUGAGUGGGGAGGAGGGGGCAUCUUCUGAACAGCCCCGCGGCUGCCCGCCUCCCUGCUCACACACACCGGCACUUUCAUACCCUGACCUCUCACCUCACCUACAGCUGGGAUGUACCUGGAGAGACAGGGGAUAGUUCUCCCUCCUGCCCAGGCUGGAAUCCAUGGUGGGGUGUGGGGAAGAGGCUCGCUCUUCUCUGCCCCCUCCAGGAUUCCUCACCACUCCCCCACCCCCAUCUUACCAUUUCCUUUUCUUUUUUUUUUUUUGUUACUGCUUUUUAAAUAUUUUUAAAAAUUAUUUAACCCCUGGGUGCAGAGACUGAGGAAGAGGGGGGGGAAGAUAAGAGAUCCUGGACUCUGUAUGGUUGAAAUAAAGAGGAAAAAAACAAA